UUGUUUUGGCCAGGAAAUUUCAUCUUUUGUUUUCUUUCUUUUAUUUUAUUUGAAGCCACAUCUGUUCUUCGGUCGGGGCUUCAGAAAUCAGAAUUUUGUGAGUGAGGCGCCAUUGGAGCAGAACAGAGAGCAGACUCCAUCUCUUUUAUCCUUGUAAAACUUACCAAGCUAUGUUCCCACCUGCUCGGCGUAGCUUCCUCUUUAUCCCUCGCUUUUACUCUGCUUUCUUCUACUCUUCUUCUUUGGAAAAUGAUGCUCUGGGCCCCCCUCCAGUUGUUCACUCUCGAAGAGUAGUCGUCACCGGGUUGGGAAUGGUGACUCCUUUGGGUUGUGGGGUGGAGACGACAUGGAAUCGUUUGGUGAAAGGAGAGUGUGGGAUUAGAGCUUUGUCCAUGGAUGAUCUUAAGAUGAAUACCUUCGAUACUGAGACCCAGUUGCACGCCUACGAGCAGCUCACUUCCAAAGUUGCUGCAAUGGUGCCUUGUGGAACAAGCCUUGGACAGUUCAAUGAGGAUUUGUGGCUUCAUUCUAAGGAUCACAGGUCAAUCUCAAGGUUUAUAGGAUAUGCAUUAUGUGCUGCCGAUGAAGCUCUGAAAGAUGCAAAUUGGGCACCUGCAGAGCAGGUUCAGAAGGAAAGAACGGGAGUUUCAAUUGGUGGGGGAAUUGGAAGCAUGAGUGACAUACUAGAGGCAGCACAAUUAAUUUGUGAGAAGCGUAUGCGUCGGCUUAGUCCAUUUUUUGUUCCACGGAUAUUAAUCAAUAUGGCAUCUGGCCACGUGAGCAUGAAGUAUGGAUUCCAGGGACCAAAUCAUGCUGCAGUAACUGCUUGUGCUACUGGUGCACAUUCUAUUGGUGAUGCUGCAAGGAUGAUUCAGUUUGGAGAUUCAGAUGUUAUGGUGGCUGGAGGAACUGAGGGCAGCAUUGAUGCGUUAUCUGUAGCUGGAUUUUGUAGGUCUAGGGCUUUGACUACAAAGUACAAUUCCACCCCUCAAGAAGCUUCAAGGCCGUUUGACUGUUCAAGAGAUGGGUUCGUGAUAGGUGAAGGUUCUGGUGUCUUGGUGUUGGAGGAACUUGAGCAUGCAAAAAGACGAGGAGCAAAAAUCUAUGGGGAGCUUCGUGGAUAUGGGACAGCUGGUGAUGCAUAUCAUAUCACUCAACCGCAUGUUGAUGGAAGAGGUGCUAUUCUGACAAUGACACGUGCCUUAAAGCAGUCUGGUCUUCAUUAUAAACAAGUGGAUUACAUUAAUGCUCAUGCUACAUCAACACCUUUGGGUGAUGCUGUAGAAGCUAAUGCCAUCAAAAGUAUCUUCUCCGACCAUGCAACAUCAGGUGCUUUGGCUUUGUCUUCCACAAAGGGAGCUGUUGGUCAUCUCCUUGGAGCAGCUGGAGCUGUUGAAGCAAUCUUUGCGGUUUUGGCCAUAUAUCAUGGAAUAGCACCAUUAACACUUAAUCUCAACAAACCAGAUCCAGUAUUUAAGGAUGCGUUUAUGCCUUUAAAAGCUUCGAAAAAGAUGUCAAUAAGAGCUGCUUUGUCAAAUUCAUUUGGCUUUGGAGGAACAAAUGCGUCCCUGUUGUUCACCUCUGCUCCUUGACGAUCAGUUGGCUCUUCAUUGUCAUGUCGCAUAAGCCAUAAUCCAGAUGUGGGGUAAUUUUUUUUGGCCAAAUGUGAGAUUAGCAGACAGAGAAAUUGCAGCCUGUAGCUUGAGAGAUUUUGCAGACAAAAAUGAAUGCAAGCAUUGCUGUCUCAUUAAUUUUGUGGUUCAUCUCCACUGUUUCUUAGGAUUUUAGUUGUAAAUUUUGAGUGAGCUUGGUUUUGGGUGCUGACGCUGACCCUUUUUUGGCAGCACAAGAAGUUGUUGUCAAGGCUUUUUUUUUA